GCUUCUCGUGCAGAAGCCCUUAGCCCAGCUCUCCAGCAUGAUGAUGUUCUCCUCAGUGGUACUUGCCUGAAGCUUUUCCCUGGCUCCUGGAGCUGGGCAGCCCCAGGCAUACUGAGUGCUCCGUAGAACUUGUCCGUCCAUCCCCAGGAAGCUUGCCAGUGUCCCUCAUCCAAACAGGGUGCCCCCCUAAGCUCUCGUGUCCUCACAUCUACUAGACCAUGAAAUGAAGUGACCCGAGCUCCGUUCUUCACCUGCCACUCAUUUCUGAGGGGACGCCUGUCAGCUGCCCUGUAUCGCCAAGCCAGCUAGUUCUCUGCAUUCCGGAAUGGCCUGCCUCCUCCUGUGAUCCCAGGGACAGCAGAGAGACAAGCUGUCACAGAAGCCGGCUCCUGGAGGUCUAUGGGAAGGAACACAAUACUUCUCUGAAGCCAUGCGCCCCUCCCAUCCUGCUCUCUGGUCCCGGAUGAGGAUCCGCUUCUGGUGGCUCCUCGUGAUGCCAGCAGUGUUGGCCCAGCGAGGCUCCCACACCCAGGCUGAGGACCGCCUCUUCAAACACCUCUUUGGGGGCUACAAUCGCUGGGCACGGCCGGUACCUAACACCUCCGACGUGGUCAUCGUGCGCUUUGGACUGUCCAUUGCCCAGCUCAUCGAUGUGGAUGAGAAGAACCAAAUGAUGACCACCAACGUCUGGCUGAAGCAGGAAUGGAACGACUACAAACUACGCUGGAACCCAGCUGAUUUUGGCAACAUCACCUCCCUCCGGGUCCCUUCAGAGAUGAUCUGGAUUCCUGACAUUGUCCUCUACAACAAUGCAGAUGGAGAGUUUGCCGUGACCCACAUGACCAAGGCCCACCUCUUCUCCACGGGCACCGUGCACUGGGUGCCCCCCGCCAUCUACAAGAGCUCCUGCAGCAUCGACGUCACCUUCUUCCCCUUCGACCAGCAGAACUGCAAGAUGAAGUUUGGCUCCUGGACCUACGACAAGGCCAAGAUCGACCUGGAGCAGAUGGAGCGGACGGUGGACCUGAAGGACUACUGGGAGAGCGGCGAGUGGGCCAUCGUCAACGCCACGGGCACGUACAACAGCAAGAAGUACGACUGCUGCGCCGAGAUCUACCCUGACGUCACCUACUAUUUCGUCAUCCGCCGCCUGCCGCUCUUCUACACCAUCAACCUGAUCAUCCCGUGCCUGCUCAUCUCCUGCCUCACGGUGCUGGUCUUCUACCUGCCCUCCGAGUGCGGGGAGAAGAUCACCCUGUGCAUCUCCGUGUUGCUGUCUCUCACCGUCUUCCUGCUGCUCAUCACGGAGAUCAUCCCGUCCACCUCGCUGGUCAUCCCCCUCAUCGGCGAGUACCUGCUCUUCACCAUGAUCUUCGUCACUCUCUCCAUCGUCAUCACGGUCUUCGUGCUCAACGUGCAUCACCGCUCCCCAGGAACCCACAACAUGCCCCGCUGGGUGCGGGUGGCCCUGCUGGGCUUUGUGCCCCGCUGGCUGCUGAUGAGACGACCCGCGCCACCCUUGGAGCUCCCUGACCCUCCGGGCUUGAAGCUCAGCCCCAUGUACCACUGGCUGGAGACCAACAUGGAUGCUGAGGUGAGGGAGGAGGAAGAGGAGGAGGAAGACACAUGUACGUGUUCGGGCCUCGCAGCCCCCUCCAUGGGGACACUCUGCAGCCAUGACAGCCUGCACCUGGGGGCUUCAGGGCCCAAGGGUGAGGUGCCAUUGCAGGAGCGUGACAUCUUGCUGUCACCUCAAAUGCAGAAGGCCCUGGAAGGAGUGCAGUAUAUUGCCGACCAUCUGCGGUCUGAGGAUGCUGACUCUUCGGUGAGGGAAGACUGGAAGUAUGUGGCCAUGGUCAUCGACCGGAUCUUCCUGUGGCUCUUCAUCCUCGUCUGCUUUCUGGGCACCAUAGGACUCUUUCUUCCUCCGUUCCUGGCUGGGAUGAUCUGACUCCAGUCACUCACGUUGCCUCUGAGGUGGCCUUGCCAACCGUCCUCUGACCUCUGCAACUGCAGCUGUCUCUAGAGUGCCCUUGGCCAACCAUGUCACCUGCCUGCAUACUUCUGCAGAGUCCUCAAACGGGCCCAGUCACGGAAGCCUCCUUGGAACAGUUUACCGGGACAUUGUGGUGCCGAUGCUGAGACUCCUGGACAUGAUGCCUAUUUCUUUUUUUUUAAAUUUAUUUAUUGUUUCUGGAUGCUGAGGAGCUAGAAGAGAUGAAGGAAUUUGCUCUGCAGAAGGUCACAGUCUUGAUUAUAGUGAUGUGAGGCGGAAUAAGAUGCUCAGGGACAAGGGACAAGCAAGGUGACAGAACAGUGAGACGGAUGAAAUACAAUGAAAGAAGAUUGCUUCAACAAGGGGCACAGGGGAAUAAAGGAAGGUCACUUAGCAUGGAAGAGCUCUGAACAUCACACUGGAUUCAGGAAUGCACCCAGGGUUUCAGGGAACACAGCUGGACAGGAUGGAGAAGCAGGUUGGGGUAUCUUUAAACUAGGGCCAGGAAGUUCCGAGGCUACUGAGAAUCUGUGAGCUGUGUGGAGAAAACAGUGGAGGAAAAGGUCGCUUCCAGAAGGAGGCAACAGGGAGUCUGUUGCGUACACAGAGGGGCGCAAGAGCAAGGAUGGAUGCUCAGGGCAGGUGACUGGGACAUUAUCCAUUUGAAAGCACCUUCAAGCCCACCUCCCUCACCCCCAGAUAUCCCUUCAGCAUCACGACUCCUUAUUUCUUGCCAGUAAAUAGCCUGAUAAUUGCUGGCCAUGAUCUGGCUAUUUACAAACGAACAGUGAGUGCUCCCUUUGGCAGCACAUAUACUAAAUCAGAACGGUGCAGAGAUGAGCAUGGCCCCUGUGCGAGGAUGUCAUGCAAAAUCAUUAAGGUUCCAACUGAAUAGUGAACACACUAGGAAAGCAAUGCUCAGACAUUCUUCCUUUGUUUUCUUUUGCUAUGAGAGAGAAAGACAGACCGUGAGAGAGAAUCGGCACACCAGGGCCUCCAGUUCCUG